GUGAUAGAAUGGCAGACAGGUCGCGACGCGCCCGAGCCAGCCGAUGUGGAAAUACGAGAAGAGAUUCUAGCCCAAGGGCGACGUGGCUUGGAAAUAAAUUUGGCGGAGGGUGUGUGAGGGGACUCUGGAGAUUAACGGCCCCGAUAAUGCCGAAGUGCUCAAAUUAGACGGCCUGUGGGAUGUAAUCGCCUCGUGGCAUGCAACGGCCAAGGUGUCGAUAUAUGAAAGCGUUUUCGAGGUUUCAAAUUCCCGCGCCUUUGGUGCCAUCGACGCGUGGGGGGUGGCGGGUAAUUCGAGUUCGAAAAGCAAGAUGGCGGAUAUUGGACUUGGUAGGAUUUCAAAUCCAAAAUGAACCUACAGAAUGUUUGGCAAGAUAGAAAUAUUGCCUUUUUUUAAUUGAACUGUACCUAGCAACUGUUAAGUGUUAAAUCAUAACAAACCAGUGCUAUUCGUUGCUAAGGGAGCUUUUUGUCAAAUACGAUGAAACGCUUGAAGUUGACAAGCUCCAAUUUUGAAUGUGGAUGAAUAUAAAUACAAUUUAACCCACUACGCAAAUAAAGGGAACGAUGUCUUCAGUUUCAAAGGUUACUAAUACACCGAUUAAGCGGCCUGAAAGUAAACCAAGAAAGUUAACGAUCGAGUCCUCGGACUCUUCGGAAGUGAAUCCUCGAAUUAAGAGAUUCAGAAGAUCGAAAGGUGUCCGAAGAUUAAGAGAAAUGUCUGGCGAUACUCCCAUGAAUGAACUCGCCGAAAGCAAAGCUUCUUCCGACUCAUCAAAGAGGUCAAAGAGGCGGAAAUCUAGGAAACGUUGGAGCAAAGAAUCGUCCUUAGACAAAGUAGGCAGCGAUUCUGAACUUGCACGAUCUUGUAGCAGGAUAUGCAGCUAUUCACGCUCAAAAAAUGAGUACGGAGAUAUUCCAGAAAAGUCAAGAAGAAAGUCGAGUAGUAACUUUUGUGGUGACGAUGAAUUACCUAUAACAAAUGUCUUGAAAGAGGCACCCGAGAGCCCUAGGACCACAUAUAUCGGAGAAGCUGUGUCGAUUCGAGACUUGACCACGGAUACAAUUUACGUUCAAGGUCGAAAUGGAUUCAGUGCUGUUAAAAUAGGCCAAUCUUCAAAAACUUCUACCUCCUCUCCUCUCAAUCUUCCAAAUGACAUUCUCAAUUCUCAGCCGAUUAAAGCAGCUGUUUUAGUUCAGAAGAUUUGGAAAUGUGCAGGACUGACUUGUCAGGGAUUUCUCGGAGGAAUGUCACUGAUGCAUUUCAUCAUGUUUCAGAAUCUCUUUGAAAUGUCUCUCGAAUUUCUGCCAUCUUACUCCAUAUUCUCAGAGAUCUAUAGUAAUGGCUUUUCUUUCCUGGUCGUCAUGUGCUUGAUUUCCACCUUCGACAACUUCGAUCUUGCACAUAUGGAUCUCGAUCACUUACGAGAAAUUUACACCGAUCACUCUAAAUCUGUGCUAUCGAUUCCUCUGUACAUUAUGGCUUUCGUUCUGCAUCAAGUCACCUUAAAAGUGGACAAUAAACUAGCAUCGAUAUCAUACAACGAAACCUUACAGGACAACACUACCGAUCAAGUAAUUACAAAUGGCGAGUUCAAGAGUUGGCAAUGGAUGACGAUUUGUAAGGAUAUUUCAGCAGUUUUAGCCUGGCUCUUCGUGUCCUUGAAUUCUCAGUUGGACCUUUUCCUAUUACAAUUACAGUCAAUGGAAAAAUACGCCGAUAAUGUCAGUUCUUCCAGAUGAAAGCAGGCUUGAAUUUUGUUCCCCUCGAUACAAAAAAAAUCAUUCUUCGAAAGAAAUCUUCAGAUAGGGUGAAAAAUGGUAUCGUUAGAAGUGUACGAUUUCGACGUUUAUUUUUAACAGAAUAGCGCUUGAUAUGUACAAUAUUUAUAAAGUUCGCCUAAGUACUAACGAUAGAUAUAUAUGUAUAUAUAUUUAUAUGUAUAUAUAAUAGCUUGAGAAAACGUAACAAUAUAAUAAAAUAUAUUUAUAUAUGUAUAGAUCAGGUGGGUCGAGGAAAUCUGAAACGUUUUCCUCGACGCACUCGCGACAUGCAAAUUAUGCACGCGAGGAAACACGCCGGUGCAUGUAUAUUAUUUAUUAUAAACACAUAAAUAAAGCGUCUCUCGACGAGGAUAUAUCGGUAAAAUGUGAGCAUAAAUAAAUGUUGAAAUUGUACUUUCGCAAGUAGGCGGUUAAUAGAGAGGGGAAAGGGAAAAUAAAUACUGUUUGAAAUGUUAUAAACAAGGGUCAUUGACAAGGCAUAAAUUAUUACAAAAUGGAAGCCAUAGCGGGGACACAUACAUGCAUCUAUAAACACACGACUUAUUAAUUUUUUUUAAAUGGAUAAUUACGUUGCCGGUUGUAAAAAAGUAUGCGUUGAAAAAUAUUAUUAUUUUUUUUUCUUACAUAUUUAUCUCGUGUUAUUUGUUGCCGAGAGUGUGUUAAUUCAAGGGACAUUGUUCGUGUGCGUUAUUUAGUAGUACGCUUUGUCAAUGUGCCUCGUUUCUAAAAUAUUCAUAUUUCACGCCGGAUGCUUUCCGUUUCAUUUAAUUUAACUUAAAUGGGUAUCAUUAAUUUCUGUUAUUUCAUGUGGUGAUUGUUAAUUAUAUUCAUAAUUUACGUAGCUGUAUUAGAGAGGCGUAAAUAGAACUAUGACGGUUUUGUCCUAUCGAUCGAACUCCCGCUGAAACUGUACAUGUUGAUUCAAUUUCAUUAAUUUGAUCCCUGCUCGCGAUUCCGUAGAACUGUUAACGUAAUUGCAUAUUAUAUCUCGCGAAAUACGUUUACGGAAUGUUAAACAUUUGCGUUAUUGCAUAAUUAAUAUGGAAUUUCGGUACUUUCGGAAUAUCCAGCUAACGCGUAUUGAAAAUGGCGAAACUCUCGCGUGAUAUUUCGGAGAUUCUUUUUUCGUAGUCGCAAAUCUCUCUCUCGAAAAGUGGGCCAAUUAUAUUUAUAAAUCAAUUGCCACAGCCACUGUAAAAUUGUGUCAAAAAUGGCGGCCAGUUAAAUUCCUGGAAACGGAAAGCACCCUUUUUUCAUCGUCGUUAUGGAGGUUGUCGUUACAACGAUCCGUCUUUUAUACAAUGACUAAUAUUAAUUUACAAGUAAGUCCGACUUGUAAUACUAAAAUAUUCUUCCAUUAUUGAUUAGCAAGGCACUGCGUGCAGUUCUGUCAGAAGUUAGUGCAUCCCUCGAAUCUGAAUCUCCUUUUUUGCGUCUAAAAGUUUCCCCGAUGAAAUUAAACGAAUAAAAAAAAAAAGAAGAAAUGUCGCGCGUGAAACUCGUCAUUUGAAGAUAAAUUACUGCGUUCUUUGAGUUUCGACAUCGUCGAACUUUCCUCCUAAAAUUUCACCGAAGACAUUAAAUACGCAAAGAUGGCGACCUGGCCAUUCGAGGGAUUCUUCUUCGAGCGGAUUAUUCGAAAUGGACCGAUUUUAAUCGUUAAUUCGGAUCUCAUUAGCGUUAAGGUGAAGUGAAACACGUCGAUUAAUUUGAUCAACGUCGAUAAAGAAGAUUUUUCUAAAUGCCUACGUUGCCGACAUUCGUUUUUAU